UGGACAUGUUGGAGUUGUUGUGCGACGAUGCCGAAAUACUAUUGUGAUUACUGCGAUACAUAUCUCACACAUGACUCGCCAUCUGUGAGAAAGACACAUUGCAAUGGUAGAAAGCAUAAGGAAAACGUCAGAUUAUAUUAUCAAAAAUGGCUGGAAGAACAAGUACAAAAAUUGGUAGAUGACACAAGUAAGUCAUAUACGGCACAAUUCAAAUCUGGCGGCGGUAAACCAUCAGGUGGAGCCGCUAUUCCACCACCAGGUCAGGGCAUGGGGCCAUCAGGACCACCACAAGGCCCCGGGCCCAUGGGUCCAGGUCCAAUGCCACCAAUGGGUCCACCAAUGAUGAUGGGCCCCCCGGGCCCAAUGCCACCUAUGAUGGGUAUGAGACCGCCAAUGGGCCCGAUGGGACCUUUAGGGCCCAUGGGUCCAAUGAUGGGCCCGCCAGGACACAUGCGACCGCCACCAGGUGCUGUCAUGAAUGGACCGCCGAAAAAAUAAUCUUAGCGAAGCAGCUCAAAGACAUUUUAAACUUAAGAACUUUCUAGGGUAGUUUUUAUCCUAGCAAUACAAUAUACAGUGUUCAUUCGAUGAAUGAGAUCUCCUUUACGUGGUGAAAUGGGACUUCUAACAGCCAGUCUAGAUGGCACCACCUUAGUUGUGCAAUUUUCAUUCAUUGAAGGAUGUUCCAAUGCAGUAAAAACUGUGUUAUUUUAGCAUGAAGUGUUAACCUCAUUUUAUAUGCCUGACGCUGUUUGUCGAUGGCCCACAGAGCACAAGAGCAUUUUACUUAUGGAAUUGAACCCGAGGUGGUGGGUCCAUGUUGAGAUGCUAAAAUCCUGAGCCCUCGGCAUGGGUUUAGACAGUUUUUAAAAUGUCUCCUAAGUGAAUAAUAUUUGUCAUAACCCAGGAGGGUUGGUUAAGUUUCAAAGAUUUCUGCACUCAGAAUGAGGCUAAGAAUAUGGCUCCCUUUGAAGUAACAAUUGGAGAUACUAGGGUAUACUAGAAUCCAUUUUCAAAUUGGUCAAUAUUGGUUUUGAGUGGACGAUCGCAUUCAACUCGCUAAAGAAGGUCACCAUGGAGUGUGAUCAUUUCGAAAAUUUUAUUUCUCUUUUGACGAGGUGGAUCUUUAGCCAGAAGUGCUACACAUAUCUUGAUAUUUGAUACCUCCCCUUGCUUUGGUCCUCAACAAAUUGUCGGCAUCAUGUCAUGUAAGAUUCAUCAUUGUCAAGAAAUCCAUGAAAAAAUAGAGCAUUUAUGAAUAAAAAGUUCACUCUUCUUUGA